UGUAAAGUCCGCUCCUGAUAAGACGUGUCGACAGCUCAGUUAGUUCCAAGGCAAUUUUAGGCUAAUGCGUAAAACCAUGACCGAGGCUGAGUUGUACUCGGUUUACAAGGGCGUUUAUGUCCCCAAAGGUCUUCACCCCCCUGAGUGUCUGAAGUACUAUGAGGAGUUCAACUUUCGCCAGGAUGACAUUUUAAUCGCUACCUAUCCAAAAUCCGGCACAACAUGGAUGCAGGAGAUUGUCCCAUUGAUCCAGAGUGAGGGGGAUCUCACCCCUGUCCAGACCAUUCCAAACUGGGACAGAGUGCCAUGGCUGGAGGAGCACAGAGCGAGCAUCCUUAAUCUGGAGGAGAGACCCUCUCCACGCAUAUUUGCAACUCACUUCCACUAUAACAUGAUGCCAGAGUCCUUCUUCAAAGUCAAGCCAAAGGUCUUGUAUGUCCUGCGAAACCCAAAGGAUAUUUUCACUUCCUCUUUCCACUAUUAUGGAAUGGCUUCAUUCCUGGUGAAUCCUGGAGCAGUGGAUGAGUUCAUGGAAAAGUUCCUUAAUGGAAAAGUAAUGUUUGGCUCCUGGUUUGACCAUGUGAAGGGAUGGAUACAUGCCAAAGACCAAGAACAUAUUUUAUACAUCUUUUAUGAAGAAAUGAUAAUGGAUCUCAAAGAGUCUGUUCGUAAACUAUCCUGUUUUAUGGGGAAAUCUCUGAGCGAAGAAGUCAUUGAAAAGAUAUCCGAUCACUGUGUGUUCAAAAACAUGAAACAAAACAAGAUGUCAAAUUAUUCCUUGGUACCAACUGAGUUCUUUGACCAAAAGAAGUCAGAGUUUUUGAGGAAAGGCAUUGUCGGAGAUUGGAGGAAUACACUGACUACAGCCCAAUCAGAUAAUUUUGAUACUGUUUAUAAGGAGAAAAUGAAAGAUGUCAAGUUCAAAUUUUUCUGGGACUGAUGUUGUAAAAGGAUCUCACUACUUUGAUGACUGUGGCAUCAUGAAGUUUCUGAGGAAGUGUUUUAGGUGGACAAUACAGAUCACUUCCUUUAAUACUAAAUGGUAAUUGUUCCUCAUCAUUCCAUGACUAAAUCUGUCAGGCAAAGAAGAUCUUUUCUUAUGCUUGUCAGUUAAGUUCAUUUGUAAAGCAAUUGCAAUACUCAAGUUGUAACUGCAUGUAACAAAUGCAAGUGUUAUGCAAAGUUUUGGAAAUGUAUUGUGGUUGACUUCAA